GCGGAAGUUGUAUGCGUUACAAGGCAACUAGCAUUUUGUUUUGUCAUGGAAUGAAAGAAUGUUCUUGUUUUUCGUGAUCCGAUCCGGUAUCAGCGGAUACUUGCAUUUUACCGGGAAGGGUUGAAACAAUGGAAUGCAACGCAACAAGAAAACGCGUAUGUUAAGUUCUAUAGUUGAUGUGAUGCGGCUCGAUUCAUCAUUGCUCUCACAAAAAAUCAAUGUUUUCGGUUCCCUUUUGACUCUAAAAUUCUCAUAGAGAAAGAUGUUCUGAUUCUGUUCUCUCUGAAAAGGAAGACGGGGCCCUUAGGGACACAGUAGUACCAUUUCCAUUGUGCGAAAGGUCGUGUCCUGGUAGCCUCUCUGCUGUAGUAAGAUGAACGGUCUCAUUGCAUCAAACAGUCAAUUCUUCCAUUUCUUAAAUUGUCAAAUCGAGAUUGUGUGGGUGUUCAGUGGAUCAAUCCCUGUAUUAAUGGUUCUGGCGGGGCAGUGGGCGUGGGACUGUAAAUCCUCUUUCGUUCGCUGGGCCUGGGCCCUUUGGACUGUAAAUCCAAACGGAGUUAGUGGUUCGAUUCCACUCAUGAACGAGAGCGAGACUGAACGAAAGAAAAUGCAAGUGAAACGAGACGAGAAUCCAAGAUUGGGAACAUGCAUUUGAACCUUCCGAAACCGGUAUUGUAAAGUGUUUAGUGAUCCAAGAUUUUGUACUAAAGUGUUGUCCCUUUCGUCUAGUGGUCAAGAUCUCGUCUUUUCAUGUCGAAGACACGGGUUCGAUCCCCGUAAGGGAUAGGUACUGAUUCCUGCCGGUCUGAUUGCUGAGUUCACGCUGUCUAUCUGUCUUUGGUCCGUCAGCUUCCUCUCUCGAAGCAAGACUUCGAAGAAAAGGAGAGAAUAAGUGUUUCAAGUAGUAGUUGAUUAAGUGUUUCAAGUAGUAGUUGAUAAAGUAUCAAGUAGAGAAGUUCUUCCUAGCUUCUUUUCCAGCAAGAAAACGUAUUGUUCAUACGAAAAGCAAAGUACUUUCUCCUCUCCAACAGAAGAGGAAUUCAGCAAUCAAGUCUACUAAUACAAGUCUGUAGUUUGAGUAGUUGUUUUUUCAGCGGAUUCUCCGAAAUUGAAGACAAUUAUCCUAACUCAAACUUCAAAAAGUCCUUUUUUAUUUUUCUGAUGUAAAUUCUGUCUGUCUCCUUUGUCCUUCCUAACGCUAGUCUAGUCUCCUUCGUUCCACUCGUCCUUGCUUUUUUUUCUUCUUCCUAUCGGUCCCAAGGUCAAUGAAAUUGAAAGGCACCUCUGACAACAGAAUCAAAAGGGAUUUGGCGGCUAUAGACGACUCAGAGUCAUAAAGAGAAGCUUUCGCGCAGUACACCUAUUUUUCUAUAGAAGUGAAUGGCCCCUUAGUUGGCUAGUCUGAUCAAUCGGCAGGCUCAGCCUCUACGUCGUAUUCUGAUAUAGAAAGAAAAGAACCGAACUCCUGGAGGGUGAAAGAAGAAUCUCAAGUUGAUACUCUGCCAAGGAAUCUGUCCACAACUGGUACUUCACAUGCCUUAGAAGUAGAUUUGAAUGAGAAUGAAUGAAAUGAGCAAACGUUACUAGGAAGGUGAACUCGCUAUCAAACUACUGCCUGCGCUAGGGGAAGCGCGAAAGAAAAACCAGUUUCAAGAUCUGAUACCCUUGAAGGACUCCCAGGAAUGAGAGAGCAAGUACAAGGACAAUCUGAUUUUCUAAGGAUAGGCGGUAUUCCAUAAUUAACAUAGUUCGGUUAGAGUGGAUUUUAAAAGCUACAGCAGAUCGAUAAGUUGCUAAUUUAGCUAAGUAAACUCCACUACGGAAUCUAGCUCUCCAUAAGAGGGUAUUCCCAAUGAGACAAGUAGUUUUUCGAAGGGACCCUCUGUCUGAAGAUUGUAGUCCGGAUUUCUCGGAAUAGAAUAAUUGAAUGAGCAGGUGCAGAUGGUCAAUCUCCAUCUUGAAGCCGAGUCUCUCUGUCUUCUUAUUUUUUAUAAAGAUAUAGAGAAUAACUCGAUCGAUCGUAGAAUGAUUUCGUGAUCUGAUCUUCAUUUGGGCGGCUUUCGCUCAAUCCGUGGCUGUAGUGAUAAGGCAGGGGUACAAAAAGAAGAUAUAGAAUUGUAGCUAACGGGGUUCGCUCGCCCUCGCCUGUAACUAUAGCGUGUCAAGUUUCUCUCUUUCCAAUCGGGAUUUUUUAGGUGUGAAGUGAAGUUCACCAGAAACGCUAGCUAUAUGCUUAACACAGGGUAGGGGAUUCCAUUCCACCAAAGACGUAAGGUGAACGAGUUCACCCCGACUCCAGAAAGAUAGGUAAAACUGUGGACUGAGGUUCAGUCAGGAAUUUGCGUAUAGAAAGGAGCAAGAAAACGUAUGCGCUUUAGCCUCAUCCCUUGUUCUUUCGCUUGGAAGCUCAAUCCCCUCGCUUCUUCUUUCGCUUCUACGCUCGUGCUUUCAGCAAGUUCGUACCAGUCGUCAGUCAAGGAGGGAGCUCCAACCUCCGCGCCUAGCCGCAACCUAAACGCUGGUUCUAUCCCGGCCAAGCAAGCAAGGGGAACCCCGGUGGGAAGAGGGAAAGAAAGAUCAGGGGAAGAAGCGGGGUAGAGGAAUUGGUCGACUCAUCAGGCUCAUGACCUGAAGACUGCAGGUUCGAAUCCUGUCCCCGCCUAAUCACGUCAGAUACUUGUACGAGUCCUGAUCACCUGGGUCAAAGAAUCUAUGUUCAAGUCGCCUGCCUAACAAAUAGACGACUGCGUACUGUAGUUAGUCUGUUCCGUUGGUCCGAUCCUACCAUGGAAAGUGUUGCUGUGUCAAAUCGAGAUUGUGUGGGUGUUCAGUCUACCGCUCAUGUUCACGUUCUCAAAAAAGAAGGCUUUCGUUGGAAAAACCAACGACGACCAAAAUACAAGUCUACCUUUCUCUUUUGGGAGCAGAGCUGAAAAAAGAUGGAGCUUUUAUGAGUUAUGACGACGUCUUCUUAUUCUUUUCACAUACUUCUCCUAGUUUUUGCACCCCAGUGCAAAGAGAGUUGAUGAGGAUUGGUAUAGAACAAAUAGUAAAGCAGAGCCCUUACAUAAACCUCAUUGAUAACGGUAGCGGGAACUUGUUGAAAAGAAAGUUAGUACCUUGGGAGCAAAUAGCGCCUUUUUUUGAAGAGCCGGAGAGGAAGUGGCAGAAGUGUUUCAAUGAGUUUAAGGACAGAAUACAGCUGUGUGAUGGGUAUGAAUGGGGUGGCCCCGGCCAAGCGGAUAUUGUUAGGCCCUCCUCGUCGGGCUCAUGCCCCUCGGUAAAUCAACCGGGGCCAUUGACACAGGAUUUCUUAUCUGAUGCGGGAAGCACUAAUUAUUUAGCCCCGAGCCCCUUGGAUCAAUUUUCAAUUCACCCUAUUCUGGAUCUUCAUAUGGGCAACUAUUAUUUCUCAUUCACAAAUCCUUCCUUGUCUAUGCUGCUUACUCUCGGUUUGGUCUUACUUCUUCUUUUUGUUAUUACGAAAAAGGGAGGGGGAAAGUCAGUGCCAAAUGCAUGGCAAUCCUUGGUAGAGCUUAUUUAUGAUUUCGUGCCGAACCUGGUAAACGAACAAAUAGGUGGUAUUUCUGGAAAUGUGAAACAAAAGUUUUUCCCUUGCAUCUCGGUCACUUUUACUUUUUCGUUAUUUCGUAAUCCCCAGGGUAUGAUACCCUUUAGCUUCACAGUGACAAGUCAUUUUCUCAUUACUUUGGCUCUUUCAUUUUCCAUUUUUAUAGGCAUUACGAUCGUUGGAUUUCAAAGACAUGGGCUUCAUUUUUUUAGCUUCUUAUUACCAGCGGGAGUCCCACUGCCAUUAGCACCUUUUUUAGUACUCCUUGAGCUAAUCUCUCAUUGUUUUCGUGCAUUAAGCUCAGGAAUACGUUUAUUUGCUAAUAUGAUGGCCGGUCAUAGUUCAGUAAAGAUUUUAAGUGGGUUUGCUUGGACUAUGCUAUUUCUGAAUAAUAUUUUCUAUUUCAUAGGAGAUCUUGGUCCCUUAUUUAUAGUUCUAGCAUUAACAGGUCUGGAAUUAGGUGUAGCUAUAUCACAAGCUCAUGUUUCUACGAUCUCAAUUUGUAUUUACUUGAAUGAUGCUACAAAUCUCCAUCAAAAUGAGUAAUUUCAUAAUUGCAUAAAAGGAGAGUAUGUUUGAAAGCUUUCCUUGCUGACUUGAUUGCCUUUUCUUAUAGUCAAGAUAGUCAAAGUAGAGUGUGAUUCGGCAUAACCAUAAGAAGUAGCGGUAUUGUAGGCCGGGCUAGUAGAAGUGGUGAGGUACCAGGGGGAAGAUGAAAACUUCUUCGUUUCGUUGGUAGAACCCACGCCAAUAUCAUAUUGACUCUCUCUCGUCCAAUAAGAGGAGAGUUACUUUAUUCAAAUUCUCUCCUUUCCAAAGCUCCACAAGGCAGGCAAAAAGAGUAAUAGGACAACAAGCAAUCUUGCUUUCAUUUAUUUGGAGUUCUUUCUUUGUUGAGAUGGAAAUCGGCGUUCUUUUGAAAAGGGCUAGGUAGUUUGCACGCAGGCAAAACUUCUUCAUGAAAGGUCAAAAAUAGACUUUUAUUUCAUCAACUUUGAAUAAUGACUAGUCGUUCGUUUGAAGCCUUAAGAAACCGGCAGAGAAAGCGGCAGUUUUUUUUCCGAAUGACCUGAUUUCGAGAAUCAACUAACCAACAAAUCCGUAGCCCAGGUGAUUCGCUGCCUCCCUCUCGCCAAACCAAAAUGGGAUGAAUCUUCUCAUGCAGCUUUUUUCUUAUUCAGGGCGCAGCGAAGCCAAUUUCCAUCAAGGCAAGGGGGUAAAUAAGGGGGAAGAGGAGUUGUCACGAUAGAAAAGAGAAAUGACUAUAAGGAACCAACGAUUCUCUCUUCUUAAACAACCUAUAUACUCCACACUUAACCAGCAUUUAAUAGAUUAUCCAACCCCGAGCAAUCUUAGUUAUUGGUGGGGGUUCGGUUCGUUAGCUGGUAUUUGUUUAGUCAUUCAGAUAGUGACUGGCGUUUUUUUAGCUAUGCAUCACACACCUCAUGUGGAUCUAGCUUUCAACAGCGUAGAACACAUUAUGAGAGAUGUUGAAGGGGGCUGGUUGCUCCGUUAUAUGCAUGCUAAUGGGGCAAGUAUGUUUCUCAUUGUGGUUCACCUUCAUAUUUUUCGUGGUCUAUAUUAUGCGAGUUAUAGCAGUCCUAGGGAAUUUGUUUGGUGUCUCGGAGUUGUCAUAUUCCUAUUAAUGAUUGUGACAGCUUUUAUAGGAUACGUACCACCUUGGGGUCAGAUGAGCUUUUGGGGAGCAACAGUAAUUACAAGCUUAGCUAGCGCCAUACCAGUAGUAGGAGAUACCAUAGUGACUUGGCUUUGGGGUGGUUUCUCCGUGGACAAUGCCACCUUAAAUCGUUUUUUUAGUCUCCAUCAUUUACUCCCCCUUAUUUUAGCAGGCGCCAGUCUUCUUCAUCUGGCUGCAUUGCAUCAAUAUGGAUCAAAUAAUCCAUUGGGUGUACAUUCUGAGAUGGAUAAAAUUGCUUCUUACCCUUAUUUUUAUGUAAAGGAUCUUGUAGGUCGGGUAGCUUCUGCUAUCUUUUUUUCCAUUUGGAUUUUUUUUGCUCCCAAUGUUUUGGGGCAUCCCGACAAUUAUAUACCUGCUAAUCCGAUGCCCACCCCGCCUCAUAUUGUGCCGGAAUGGUAUUUCCUACCGAUCCAUGCCAUUCUUCGCAGUAUACCUGACAAAGCGGGAGGUGUAGCCGCAAUAGCACCAGUUUUUAUAUCUCUCUUGGCUUUACCUUUUUUUAAAGAAAUGUAUGUGCGUAGUUCAAGUUUUCGACCGAUUCACCAAGGAAUAUUUUGGUUGCUUUUGGCGGAUUGCUUACUACUAGGUUGGAUCGGAUGUCAACCUGUGGAGGCACCAUUUGUUACUAUUGGACAAAUUUCUUCUUUCUUUUUCUUCUUGUUCUUUGCCAUAACGCCCAUUCCGGGACGAGUUGGAAGAGGAAUUCCAAAAUAUUACACGGAAUAGACUCAUCGCACCGGAUCAGUCUCUUAGACGGAUGAGACUGAUCACACCUGAUCAGUGAUCAAUUCUGGCACAAUGAAUUUACGAGUUAUUUUACACAAUGAAUUUACAAGCAGAUGAGUUUGCAACGGUAGACCUAUCUCCUGAAAAGAGUUCAGUAAACAAGGGAACGAAGCGACCGAUAACGUCCCCUCGGGGAGGAGUGUUUUAAGGGAUUGACUUCGGCUCCUAUUAUCUUUGUUUACCAAUCUUCCAAUUGGUGAAUUGGUUAAUAGGAAGUGCGCGCUAGCACGCUUCAUAUUUCUAGUAACAAGGGCCGUUGCUUGUUUGGUCGUUAGAUCAGAGGGCGCUCAUCCCUUGCUCGGUCCCUGAAAAUGAGAUAACAUAGGCUUUUGAUAUUUGCUCUGUCAACAAGCCCUGGUUCAAUCCCUGCUUCUUCCAGGCCUUAUCCCGAAAGAGGUCAACAAUUCUUUUGUGUAAAGCCUUUUGUUCACUGGUCUUCACUUCAAGCAAUUCCUUUAGUCCAAGUCUGCUGCAAUUGGUAAUAGGGGAUAAGCAAUUGGUGGUCGUAGGCUCACUCACCUCUAGCUCUUUUUCUUUGCGAUGACCCCGUCCUUGUAUCCGUCCUCUAGCAAAAAAUCUAUCUUCUCCUGUAUGUAGCAGCAGUGGUAUUCGACUUUGAAGUACCAGGAAAGGCAGAUAAGUUUAGCCUCAAUAGAAAUAUCUUUAUAGCCUGAAGUUGGCUUACUUAAUUCCUUUGAGCUUCCCCUUAGUUAGUUUUCCGGUAAGCUAAUACGGGCGCAGGUCUAGUUAACGUUCAAGCAGAAUCCCCAUCAGACUCUCGUUUGUUGGUUGGGAUGGGAUCUUAGGAGAGAAAGGAAAGCCCUGAAACAAAGUGAGCCUACGGGAGGGUGUCAAAAUGCCUCAAAGCCUGUGAAGCAAGUUCUAAAGAAAGUUUGAAAGCUCACUGCGGAAAGGGUUUUGACCUGCUAGUCAGAUUGCCCCAUUACGGGUGUGUUACGCCAGAAAGUUCCUCAAUCCUGUGCCUGUUCCCGAGCGAGUCAGUCCCAUUUCGAUGACGAACGACACGAUCCUCCAUAGAGCUUCCCAUUUGACAUUUCUCCAUCGCGAGAGAUUCUCUCCAGCCACAGGUUCCCCAGUGGUACGUCCGGGGUCGGUUCAAUCAGUGCGUCCAAUUCUCCCGUGCUCUCCGAAAAGGAUGAGCUUGUUGACGGAUGAGCCAUUACAAUUUCUCCUGUCGCAGCAGCUGCGGAUUCCACACAAAAAAAAAAGACUUAGUAGUAUCCCGCAAAAUAAACCCAAUAAUCCUAGUGGAACUCUUAAAAUCUACAAAGAUGUUUCAUAAGCAAGAAAGAUUGGGGAAAUAUCCAUAACUGCUACGCAAUCAAGGAAUUUGCAUACAUAAAAAGAACCGGUCUCAUCAAAUAUGCCAGAAGAACCAGAGGUAUAGUUGAUCCCACUGUUCGUCAUUGCAGCACUUGAAUUU